AUGAGCGACACGGUGUAUCCACGAAGGAACCUUCCACCCCGCCGCCAAACGCAUUAUGAGGAUCUGGGACUCGUAAGCGGCCAAGAUAACUCAAUCGGUGAGGAGGAACUCAAGGAGAAGAUGACCCAUUACCUGCACCAAGGUCCCAUCAAAGCUCUCGCCCGAAUCUUCCACCAACAUACCUGCCCUGGUGAUUGGCUCGAAGCAACCAAUGCGAGCCUUACCACGGUCAUGCAGGCAUAUUACCAGAACGGAGCGGCCGCGGAGUACUGGACACAAACCGCAUCAACCCUCUUGGCCACCAUCCGGUUUCGCUGGGAAUCAUGCCUCCUGGCGGACCAGAUCGUGGGCUUUAUCGGGUUGCCAGUACCCGACAAUACCAUCUGCGCCAUGUGGGACCAACAGCAAUGGGCCCAAGUCCGUGGACAAGGCUUCAUGGUCUGGCAAUGGAUGGGGACGUUUCAGGAGAUGUGCGGUGGCCGUGCCGAGCUCCUUCCUCGUCUCGGAAAUCAGGGCGGGGAGUUUCGGCGGCCAUGGCUGUACGUGCUAGCCGCACUCUGGGAAUGGGACAAGAGCGAUGCGGAGAUCGCAAGAGCCACCCAACGGAUCAUGAGACACAGCCUGGCUGCGGUCAGGCGGUUCAAUCAUAUGUCUGUUGGUCGAGUCCUGCCGCCGAGGGGUAAUGAUACCGUGCCCCGGUGA